ACGUUUUAAAUUUCCAAGAAAUCCUGCUGUGGCUCAGGACCGAACUGAGGGACGCAGACCUUGCUGAGGAAAGAAACAGUGACCUUAGCCACAAGGUUAAGAGAAUGGAUGGAGUUUUGAAAGUAAUGGCUGCCCAAAAAUUAACACUUUCAUAUCUUCAAUCCAAUGGUUUUACAGUACCAAUACUGAUAAAAGACAUGCAUGGCCUCGGUAUGAAGGUCCCACCAGAUAAUUAUGAUGUCACCAGCAUUUGUGAGUUGCUUGGGAAAGAUUUUCUAGUAGAUGUUGUUGAUGCUACACAGCAAAGUGAAUUCCAAAUAAAAAUUCAAGAUUUUUCAUCUUAUUUCUGCAGUAAACAUCGUAAAUGCUCAGUAUGCAUUCCAAGUUUGGACUUUUCAAACACAAGGCUAGAAGACUUUGUUGAGUCCCCAUCUAUUGCAAGAGAUUUAGAUUGGGUUGAAAGAUACUGGCCAAAAGAGUUAUCUUCCAUCAAGCCUUGUUUGCAGAAGUACUGUUCAGUUAGCACAAAAGAUUCCUAUGUAGACUUCUGUAUAACCUCUGGAGGCUCAUCGUUGUGGCACCACAUUUUUGAGGGUGAAAAAAUAUUUUAUUUGAUAGAACCCACUGAAAUAAAUCUCCGGGCAUUCCAAACAUGGAUCAGUUUUCUGAAUAAAAAGGAAACAUUCUUUGCUGAUCAGGUUGACGUCUGUUACCAGCUGGUGUUGAAGAAAGGGGAAACAAUUUUCAUUCCUACUGGUUGGAUUUAUGCCUGCCUGACAUUGUCAGACUGUAUUGCAUUUGGAGGGAAUUUUCUUCACGAGUUAAAUCUUUAUUUUCAGUUAAGAAUUCACGAUGUAGAACGUACAAUUACAAAAGGAAAAUCUUCUUUUCCAAUGUUUGAAUUGGUCAACAUCUAUGCAGGAUUUCAUUUUGUAGAAGAACUUCAAAAAUAUAAUCAUACAAAAAGUGAGAUCCCAGAAAACAAACUGUAUGCGAUAAAAGCACUUGCUGAGCGAAUAAAAUUUUGGAUCCAUGCCAAAGAACACAAGAUUUUCAAGCAAAUAAGCAAACAAGAUUGCCAGAAGUUGGUGAAAGACUUGUCCAAACAAGUAAAGCAAGCAGAACGGCUUCAUAAAACACUAAAAAUGGCUAAACCAGACAUUGAGAAAGUAACAAAUUCAUCACUUGUGAAAGAUGUCACAGGGUCUCUUCUUAAAGAGGAUGACAAAACCAAGAGACUUACAAUGACUCUGAAGAAAAUGCCACCACCAGUGAAACUUACUUUACCAAAACCUUCUACAUAUCCAUAUAGGAAUAACAAACUUGCACAGGAUGGGUAUGGAGAAACUAACAAAUCACCAGAAGACAAUGUUAGGUUGAUUGAUCAUCCGUGGUCUAUUGCUGAUGCUUCACAUUCAAAUGGAGACUUAAAAAUCAAACUCAGGAUUGGUAGACAAUCACCUGAUGUCCUGAAAAUUAGCAACACCUCACAUAGCACGGGUGAUCCCAGUUUCCAUGAAAGGUUGCAGCCAAUUGAUAACAGUAAUGGUGAGAAAAACAAAACUGUAGAAAAUGUACAAGAUUGCUCAUCACAAUUAUGUGAUCAAAAUCAGGCAUCCAAACUAAUAUCUGCACUCAGUGGAACUAGGACUAUCCCUUGUGAUAAUGCAAGCAGCUGCUCUGAUGGCAGUUCGUCUGACUUAGAAGUUGUGUUUGUUGGCAAAAAUAUUCAUCACAAACCCAAGAAAAAAAAUCUUGGUAUAACUUUAUCUGACACUUUGGGAAACUAUUACAAUGAAGGAGACUUUACGUCCUCUGAUGUAAACCCAUUGGUUCCACAUACUUCAGGUGAUGCUGCUGUAGAGAUAACAUGUUUGUCAACAGGAAUUAUAUCUUCACUAAGUGAUACACCAUCAAACACUGGCGUAUCAUCAACAUUUGAGCCAAGUACAACCCUUUCGGAAAUACUCUCUUCAGGCACCUCAGAAGAAAUAGGAAUACAUUCAUCUUUAAAAACUGCUGCAGUCUCUCAUUCAUGGAAAACUGCAUUUCAGGAUAGACGAAUUACAGGGUUAGCUCAGAUAGAUUACUCACUUACAGAUGAACCAAAGCCAACUACUUCACGAACAACUGGCAGUCUUAAGUCAACAAUUUCAUUGUCGAGUGAAUCUGAAGGAAAAUUGUCAGUUUGUAGUAGAACCAGGCCAAAUCGUAAGAAGAAAGUAGCAUUGCAUCGUCAGAAUAAAAAAAAUGUCACUUUAGUGGAGGAUGGACACUCAGAAAUGGGUCGAGUACAUGAAGAUGAUUCUUUUGUUUAUUUAUCUUUGGAAACAUCAGAUGAAGAAGAAGAGCCAACUCGUAAAUUUCGUGGUAAACAACAUAUUGACGAAACGUGGUGUCCUGGAGCACGGCUUGGUCCUCUACUACCGAGGGUGGAGAAGCCUGUCAGGGAAGUCAAAAGAAACCAAGCCAUUGAAAAAGGUUUAGAAGCAGCUGCUGCUAAAAAAGCUGGUUUACCACCUCCCAAAAGGCCAUACCACAUAAGGAAGAAGAGAGUGUCAAGGCCUGUUCCUGCACCAUGCCCUUUAGACACAUUGGAUGCUGGAGCCACUCUAACUGUCACAACUACUUCGCCAGUAAUACCAAGUAAAAGAAAAGCAAAGAAAAUCACCAAACCAAAGAGAGGGAUGGCAACUGCAAAGCAACGUUUAGGGAAAAUAUUAAAAAUGAAUAAAAUGACUUUUUAAUAGAUUUGCGGUUUAUGAUGGACUUUUUGUAAGAAAAUAGUUCCUAAGUGCCUUGUACUAAGAUAAUUAACAACAUUAUGAGUGCACUUCUUUGUGCAUUUUGUGUUGAGCUUUAACAUGUACAGAAUGGGACAGUAACCAUUAGCAAUAAUUCACUAAAGAUUUUUUUUAUCAAAGGUAAAAAAAAUUAUUUUCCUUUCCCUGAAUUUUUUUUUGCUCCUGUAGAUAAAGGUGUGAUUCUGUUCAUUAAUAUACUAUUAACUAUAUUUUGACUUUUAUCUCCAUUUUUGGUAUUUUAAUUUUCAUUACGGUAAGGGAGAGGAGGAUAUUGGAUAGAGAGAGUUUCUCAUGCUAUUAACAGCAACUCUAUUAGUUAUUUCAAGGAAGGGGAUACCCAACGACAUUAUGAUGUCGCAUAAUGUGGUCUUUCUAUGCUUGGAUUAACACAUGAUUUGAGUAUGCUGUCUCUAUCAGUGUGUGGAAAUAUUUUGAGUGACCAGGGCUGUAUGUUUCAUACCAGAUCUACAGAAUGGCUCUCAAGAGUCAGAAGAUAUGAUGAAAUGGUACAGGUUAUGGAAUUACAUGAUAAAUACAUUGGAUUACAAGACCUGAAAAAAGAUCUUGCCAUAAGAUGUCAGCUCUGUUGAGAAUUGUUCAACUACAUAGAAAAUAUAUUGAAUUACUAAACAGACAGUGAGCAGUUAGCCAUGUUACAGAACAGGGAUAAAUUAUACCCUUGUACUUGAAAUUACAUAUUUAUUGGUCGCUGCAUCUAGUAGCUUCAAUUCAUUUCACAAUGCAGAGUUGGAAAAACACUAAGGUAUGAAAAGGUUUAUGAGAGUUUGCUUAAUAGUAUGGCUUAUUUUGUGUGUUGUGUAGAUUUAUGGCUGAAAAAUUGCUAGAGCGCAAACUGCCAACACGUUGGACCCUAAGUUGAAGCCCUGGUUGAAUAUGUGUGACACUCUUUGAGAGGUAUUCUUAUAACUAUUACUCCUUACCCUCCCUUCCAUGCCAUAUUUUCUUGGCGCAGUGUGUGCAAGAAUGUAUAUAAAAAUGUAAUAAAUAUUGUUUAGAGUUUGAAAAGUACAAAACACUUUAAGGUGAGUUCACAACAGCCUUGAGCUGUCUAGAUUUACAGUUAUUAGUGACUAUAUUAAACCCAUUAAAAUGUCCUCAGUUACUUUAAAUAUGCUGGAAAAUACAUUAAAAGCAACUUUUAAAGCAGAAAGGUACAGUUACAGCCUGUUUCUGCAUACCAGUGACCUCCAGCAGUAAGACCCACUUGCAGCAUUUCUAUGCAACCUGCACUCUCUUCAUUGGCCAUCCUUAAUGUAAGUACUGUCCAAGCCAAACAGCUUGGCGGCUAGUCUCACUACUUGCCCAUUGCUAUACAUCAUCACAGCUCACUUCGUGAUGGUUAAGCUGUGCAGGGGCAGUUACAGAAGUAUUAAUUUAAGGUCGCAUUAAAAGUUUACUGCAGUGAAAUACAUCUGCACCACAAAUUCUCACCUGCCAAGAUGUUUGCCGUGUGCAGUACAGUAGGCUGUGACUGACAAUCUCAAUCCGGGCUGAGGUUAUGGUUUAUAUCAAAAUGAUAAAAUUAUCUAGUUUGAAGAUGGAUAAUUUUAAGUUGUUUGCCCUCCAAUCAGGUUUCUUUAUUUGCACAUAGAUUUGGGUUCAAGUAGAGAAAUAAUUUUAAUGAUCAAUUUUGCUUAGAUUUCUGUCAAAUGUUUUACAGAAAUUUUUUGGAAAGUUGAAAACUGUUUAUAAACCAGUUGAGUUGCUUCUAAAUUAAAUUAAUUUUUACUUUUCAAUGGCGGUAUGUGUAUUACACAGACAGAUCAGUCCAUAAAGUUAGUGAGUAUUCUGGAAUCUAAAGUAAUAUUUCAAAAAUUCAUGAAUUUCCCAAUUUGUCAUUAAAAAAAAUUGUUUAUUGUAUAAUAUGUAAUUUCUUCCGAGUGUAUACAAACUUCUUCAGCAGAACAGCCAAAAAUACAUGGAUACUCCGGAUAUCACUUGUUUCAAUGUUUAGAGCAAAGACUACCAAAAAAUGUGCCGAAGUACAUAUUUGAGCCAUAUGAUAGUUCUAUGUAAGCAGCACUCUUAAUUAAUUUUGGCUAAAAGGAUAGUAAAUAAAUCAUAAUCUCUAUUAGUACUAAAGUUAUAAGGAUUUUUUUCAUUGUAUUACAAUCAAACGCCAAAAUGUCAUGCCUAUUUGGUAACUUAUUGGUCAUAUUUAUUCACUUUAAAGAACAGUUGAUACUUAUCAACUAUAGAGACUUAAAGAAACUUAACUUUGUAUCUUAACGCAUCUGACUAGUACUCCCAAGUAUGUAUUUUAAUAUUCAGGUUAUAUAUUUAUAUUUAAAAUGCACUUUAGUUAAAUAUUUGCAGAGUUAUUAUAGUUUUAAUUUUUUUUAUCCUGUUGUAAUGUCCCAUACUGUAUAUGUCAUUCAUAUUGCAUUAAUAUGUACAUAUGUUUUAUUUGCUCAAAGUUGUGUUCUAACAUGUGUAGAGAAUGUAAAUUCAUUCCAGUGCUGUUUCUACUAAAUUUGCUAAGAGUUUGAUACCUGUGCCAUAGUAUAAAAAAUUUGUAUAACAUAGUGGAUGCUGAAGUUAAACAGAGACUGGCAGGUAUUUACUACUCACGAUCUCAAGAAUUUACAGUAAUUAGUUUAAAAUUGGAGGUAGUAAAUUAACUCUGAGAUUGAUUACCAGUACUCUGUUUGAAAAAUAUUUUUUAAAAAAUUUAGACUGUGGUAUUAAAGCUAAACAAACAGUAAAAGCCUGAUUUAACUGUUCGGGGACGUAACUAAUGACCACUCUUACCAGGGAGAGAGCAAGCCAAGUUGGUAUGAAUGCUGGGGGUGUUUAUAAUGUGAACUCAGACUCUUGUUCUCUCACAUGACUGGGAAAAAAAAUGAGUUGCUGUCACCUUGGGAAAGGGGGGGGGGGGGGGACAAGAAAAGGUCAACACGCAUGCAUGUAUUGAAAAGAAAAAGAAAGGAACAUACUAAGGCCAGAUACAAAUUUGCAUUAAGUAUACAUUCCCAGAAACUAUAUCAUAAAUUCUGUCUAAAAUGCAAGUGAAGUAUGUACGUACCCAAGUAAAUAAUUUGCUGUACUACUUGCAUCCUUGCAGAUUACACAAGUAUAGUUAUUUUGAAAUAAAAUAUUGUUGGGUAUAUUAGAUAGAAUACUUAUAAUAAUUCAAAGACAUAAAAUAAUUCAUGCUUCAUACUUUACUAAGGUCAAGACAUGAAAUUAAAAAAUAUAUAUUUAAACAUAUUUAAGUGGAAGAAUCCUACAAUACACCGGACAAAAAAUUAAGUCACCCCUGUAGAAAUCAUUACAAGCAUCAUUUAAUACCGUGUAACUCUGCCUCUGGACUUGACAACCUCCGGGACUCGGUUAGGAAGUGAGUUCAGAAGGUUGUGCAGGCACAUCGCAUCCAGGUUAAGCCACUCGCUGAGGAUUUAAUCGUGCAAUUGAAUCAAACUGCGGGGAUGCUGAUUUCAGCGUUUUACCCGCUGUUCCAACAUGUCCCACAGAUUUUCAAUGGGGUUCAAAUCAGGUAAUUUUGCAGGCGAAUUAGAUGUAAUAGGGUGGGGGAGUGUUCGUAAACAAGUCACAUGUGUGCACAGCCCGAUGAACUGUGCUGUUCUGUUAUCUUGAAAAAUCGGGGUGUACUCAUCAUGCAGAUGUUGACUGAAAGGCAACAUCUAUCACCCAGAAUGUUUAAAUAAACAUGCUGGUUCAUUUUAGUGGUCUUCGUAGUUAGCGGGCCCAAUCCAUGAUAUAAAAAACACCUCUAAAACAUCACAGACCCACGUCCGCUUGAACCUGACCUUGCACACAUCCAGGAUGAAAUGCUUCAUUUGGCCUUCGGUGCACUCGACGACGUGCGUCAUUAGAAUACAGGCUAAACUUGAUUCGUCAGACCACUUUAAGUUCCGCCAGUCGGCUACUGACCACGUUCAAUGAUUUUUAGCCCAUUGAAGACACGCAGCUUUAUGUGACUGUGUGAGCAAUGGCCUCUUGCGAGGUGACCAACUCCAAAUGUUCAUUGCAUGCAGUUCCCAUCACAAUGUUCUCUCCCUAACAGGUUGGGAUGAACUUUAAUUCACUGACUGCAGCAAUUCCUGUCGGGUUUGAAAAAAAAUUUGAGUCACAAGUUGUGAAACGUGUCUCCGGUCCUUCUCAGUCAGGAUCUUUUUCCGACCACAAUUCUGACGUCUUGUUUCAUGCCACUUGUAGUACACCACUGCUUGUAGACAUGUACAGUCCACUGCGAAACACCAACAAAUCUAGCACGUUCAUGCACCGUAUGGCCAUGAGCACAGCCAAACACGAUUUCCCCUGUUUGCCACUCUGUCACAUCCUUACAUCUACCCAUGUUGACUCACACUGUCCGCUUGAAACAUCAAUGUCUCGCUGAUCGCUACUGCCUUACGCUCACAUAGAGGCAGUACACAUGCAGUUGAGCACGGGACUCAUUCACUGCGCCAUCUGUGCGUGCACACUAGGGUGACUAAUAUUUUGAAUGGUGAGCUUAUAUGGAUCAUAACGUAAAAAACAAAAAUAUCAAUGAGACAGUUUUAAUAAACCAGUUUUAAUAAACCUAGUCAUGUGUUAGUAAAAAGAUGCAAAAAUUUAAUAUGUCUGUUAAAAGUUUUAGCUCAGGUUAUUAAUUUCUUUAAUGGUAAAAAAAAUGCUGAACACCUGUUUGGCUGGAUAAUAGCAUUUGUAGAGGCCAAAAAAGUAUGCUAAGUUACAAAUACCUAACACUUUUGUGUUUCCCUAGAUGAAGUUGAAACAAAUUAAAAAUAAAACUCUAAAUGUUGGCUGUACAUAAAAUAAUGAUUGAAUUUUACAGGAAGAAAGACCCAAGUAAACAGGUUUUAAGUCUUAUUAGACCUGUAUCAUUUUAAAAUAAGUAUAAAAAUAAUCUAUGUUUAUUCUUUUACCUUAUGUAUACCUGAUGUACUUUCAGUACCCUCUUCUUUGAUUUCCAUUUUAUCCCUUAAAGAAUAAACUUUAAAAAAAAAAUUGAUUGUGGCUCUUGUAAACAGAUGCAACUCUCCCUAUGUCUCCCGCCCAAACAGACACAACUACCCAUAGUACUUUCUCUCGACCAGUUCUCCUGCCCAAUAAAAUAGAACAUAAUAACAAAGGGAAAUCCUUGCCCAACACUACAGUACACUGAACCACGUUAAAUCGAGCUUCUACUGUAUACAAAAGGGCACCAAGUGUGUUCAUUUUGUAAUUUAUCUUUUACAAAAAUAGUUUAACAUCAUUGCAGCAGAUAACUUCUUUACUGUUAAAUUACUUCAGAAUUUACAGUACUAUUAAAUGAAAAGUAUUUAUUCUUGCACAUUCUUUAUACCUGUUUGAUAUUGUAAAAUGUAUUGUCUCUUUUUACAUAUUUAAGAACCUAAACUAAUUAUUUAUUCUGAUUUAUAAAAUUUCAUAUUUUAUUUAUGGUAACAAUGAUUUUUAUAUUUAUAGCAGAUAUGUGGUUAAAACCAUUUGUAACAAGGGUUUUAUUUGUGUCUCAAAGAUGCAGAUCCUUUUUUAGCGAUUGAAAUUGGUAUAUGAUUACUCAUGAUUUAUUUUCCUCUUUUUUUUACUUAAUGCUAUUCUUAGUUUUCAUUUGUAGUUAAUUAUUGAGAAUUGUUAAGUGUAGACUUUUAGAUAGGCAAUAAAUACUAUUCUUAUUUAAAAACCUGCAUCAGGUACAAAUGGUAUUUGUCUUCAUUUUAAAUAUGUUACUUGCAAUAUAACAACAUAUUAUAGUCUAUCCUUUGAAGUAGCAUUUUUUUUGUGUAAUUCAUAUGAAUUUUAAGCUGUUAAUUACUGGUAGUUUUUACAUUAAAUAAAAUUAAUACUUUUUUUUCCCCCUAUGAACUAGACUAGCAAAAUAUUUACCAAUAUUUUUUUUCAGAAAUUAUGGAAAAAUAUUCAUCUGUUAAACUAAAUAUGUUGAACUACACUAGCAAAACAUUUACUAAUAUUUUUCUCAGAAAUUAUGGAAAAAUGUUCAUCUGUUAUAAAGUACCUGUCAGAAAAAUGUGAUUGUUAAUGGGAUAACUUUUACUAGAAUUAAUAUACUGUUUUGUAAUUUGUUUUAAUUUUGUUCAUUUAUUAGUUCAUCUAUUUAAGUCACAUAAUUAGUUUUGCAUAUUGGCAAUAUUAAGGUUUCCAUCACACUAAAAACAGUAUUGGUGUAUUUUUUGUAUAUUUAUGUAUAUUUUGGAUGAUGUUGCACCAAAACGUUAUUUAAGUAUAUUUAGGAGGAGAUUAAAGCAAACCUUUUACUAAUUUGUUGUUCAACCUUAUUUUAUUAAAUGCCAUAUUUCUGUAAAUAUAGAAUUGUUUUGUCAAAAACAAAGGCAUUGAACAAAUGAUCAUACCUGUCGACUUGUCAGAGACACCAUCAGUAAUAAUUAGAAAAUAAAUUACUAAAUUUUUGCGUAAAUCAUACUCAAUGUUUCAAUCAAUCUUUCUGAAACAUGCAUCGUAAGUCCAGCAACAAUCUAAAUAUAUCAAUAGUUUUAUGCAUGCAUAUCUGUUGAAAAAAACUAGUAAAUACCUAAGGGACUAUAUAUAUAAAGUACUGAUUCAAAAAUAUAAAAAUCAAAGAAAACCAGAACCUAAUUUUUCAAAUAUGGGUGAACUUACUAAUAGAUGUGAUCUGUUGCUUGAGAUUGCUAUUAUCUUUUAAUAAAAAAGUCAUAGGUAUGCACACACGUUCAGUAUAAAAGUACAUAUGUAAUGUCUAUAUUGUUGAACUCAAUAAACUAUAAUUCUGUAGACAUUUAGCAGCGGCAUGCCUAGCCCUCUUUAAAAAUAUAGAAAUAAAAACUUGGUUGUAGCUAA